AUGUGGCGGGGUGCGGCGGCGGCGCUGCUGUGCCUGGGGGCCGCCUGCCUGCUGGGCCGCGGGUUCGAUCCCCGCGCCUGGCUGCUGCCGCCCCGCGGCCGCCUGCUGAGCGCCGCCGAGCUGGCCCGGUACCGCGGGGCGGCGGGCGAGCCCGGCCUCUACCUCGCCGUGCUGGGCCGCGUCUUCGACGUGGAGCGCGGCCGCAGGCACUACGGUCCCGGCGGCGCCUACAGCGGCCUCGCAGGGAGAGAUGCCACCAGAGCGUUUGCCACCGGCGACUUCACCCAAGCAGGGCUGGUGGACGACGUCUCGGCGCUGUCACCAGGCGAGAUGCUCACCAUCCAGAGCUGGCUUGCCUUCUACGGCGACAACUAUGAUCCCGUGGGGAAGCUGGUGGGCAGAUUCUACGAUGAAAAUGGGGCGCCGACAGAAGCCUUAAGGCAGGCUGAGGCUGCGAUUGAGGAAGCUCUGAAGUUCCAAGCAGAAAGCAAGCAGAGGAAGCAGCAGUUUCCACCCUGCAACUCUGAAUGGAGCUCUGCUAAGGGCAGCCGAUUCUGGUGCUCCAGACAGAGUGGGGGAGUGAACAGAGACUGGACCGGAGUCCCGCGGAAGCUGUACCAGCCUGGUUCGAGGGGCAGUCACUGUGUGUGCGUGAGGACUACCGGUCCCCCGUGGGGCCAGCCGGACUCCACCGAGCACAGUGACAGAGGCGAUCUGGAUAACCCACUCCUGGAGGAAUACAACAGCUGCCAUCCGCUUGCCGAGCAGUGCGUCCUAACGGUGUGACUCUGAGUGCCAGAUCCAAGGGGCACGUUGAGUCCUGCAGCGAAACAUUGCACUUUGGGUGGGCAGCUCCAUUCUCUUCCAUCUGCGCAAAGGGAGCAAUAACAAUUUCAUGUUAUUUGUGACUCUAUUUUAAUGUGUGGAGAUGAGAGAGGGAGGAAACACUCUGGCCAAGUUAGUGGCUAAAAAAUCAGCAACGGGAUGCUUUCUUAGUGCUUUAUUUCUGUGGUAUUUUUACAUCUGGCAACAAACUGUAAGAUGCACAGCCUGAAUUAUAUUUAAAAACUGAUUUCUUGUGCAGUCAGGAGAGAGGUGCUUGUGUGCACGGUGGUGGGUGCAAUGUGUUGUGUUUUAAGGCAGCGAGGUAGUGAGCACAAGGACUGCUGCAGCAUCACUGACCUCAGUUUAUGCACAGUCCUCCAGUGGCUUGAACUCUGCCUACUGCAUCGUAGUGCUAAUGCUCCUUCCCAGUCACCUGAUUUACUCCAGAGAGUUUAAAGGUAGCAGGGAGAAGCCCACAUUUCUCCUACAAUUAAAGUACACAGUAUCUAGGAACUAGUGCAGUUUAGUUACACACAAGCUUUAUCAAAUUCUUGGAGUACAGAAGGCAAAGGUCAUGGCUGUGUUUCCUCAUUUAGUGUUUUGUAUUAGAUACUGUGCAAAGAUAGUGGAAGCCACCUAUGAGGAUCGUUGUUUUAUAUUAACCUCACCAUCCUGGUCCUCUGAUUCGCUACUUCCAAACUACUCGGAUCACAAAUGGGUAGUUUUAAAUAGGCAAUAAAAAACGCUAUAUGGCAACAUGACCAUCCUGCUGUACUCUGCCUUCUAUUUCCAUUCUGGUACAUGUCCAUCAGACUGUGAGCUGAGGCUGGAUGUAUCCUCACAAGGCCCAGCUCCCUUAAAUUCCAUACAUAUUUUGUCAUAGCUGGCGAAAUUUGGUAAUGUGAGCGACUCCCAGAACAGCAGGGCAAGUUCUUAGCAUGUCUGUGUGGGGCUGAAAAGGACAAGGGAAUACCUGCGUGGGGCCUGAGUGCUACAAACCCCAGACUGCAGGGAGGCAGUUGCUGUUUUUUGUAGUCUACUGUUAGAAUCAGUUUCUGGUGUAGCUGCAGCCUUGAGAGAGACAGCCAGAUUACACAUGGUCCAGCAGUGGCACAGAUCUGUGCUUUGUUCAGUUCUUAAGGCAGCUGUCACCUAUUUAUAAAAAACAGCUGGGAAGCAUUUAUAAACUCAGUUUUGGCCUACUACCACCUCUAAAGAAAGUCCUGCAAAUUUAAGUAAUUAGUUAAUAACUAGUUUACAGGAGGCGUGGCAGCAUUGCUACAAAGCAAGAGUAAUCGCUUCAUUGUGGUGACAGCAGGACAUAUUACAGCACUUUUCACCUAUGAUAUUUAGAUGAGGCUACAGCUGCCAUGGAUGGGAGCCAUACUGCAA